AUGGGGCUUCUUUACGCCAUAGCAAUAGUGCUUGCUACGUUCGGCAUCUUCUGGUUCAUGACCACUACAUUGUUCGCCUCUCUAUUCCCUCCACCGUUCGAGCUGCGCAAUAAGCGCAUCCUCCUCCUCAUUGGCCAUCCAGACGAUGAAGCCAUGUUCUUCGCUCCCGCACUGAUCGCAUUGUUGUCUCCCGAGAACCGCAAUCAUAUCCAAAUCGUCUGCCUCUCCACUGGUAACGCCAUCGGCGAAGGGGAGAUCCGCAGGGGAGAGCUUCUCAACAGCGCCCGCAGGCUCGGCAUGCGCAGCAAAGAUGAUGUUCUUAUCAUAGACGAUGCACGUUUUCAAGACGGUGCACAGAACCAUUGGAAAAAAGAGGACAUUGCGGAUCUCCUCUCUCACCUUUUCACCCCACAGCCGUCUUCAAAGCUGGAUACAUCUACAUCCUCCUUCUCCACCUUAAACCAGCCUCCACAAACCCAAGUAAACGGCAACCCAUCCUCCGGCCCUAUCAACCCCGCAGAUAAACAAAGAACGCCAGAAGUAAUUCUCACCUUUGACCCGCACGGCAUAUCCACCCACCCCAACCACUGCGCCUGCUACUAUGGCGCCAUCCAUUUUCUUCAAAACCAGCUCAAACACCCCAAACCCAACUCCAAGUCACCUACAACCCCACCGACCCUUUACACCCUAACAUCCAUCUCCCGCCCCCGAAAAUACAUAUCCGUCCUCGACGCGCCCAUCACCCUCCUCACCAGCCUCACCAGCGUGUUCUUCUCCAACCUCCAACAAUCCGCAAGAAAAGCCAGAAGAAAUGUGCAGGACGGAAGAGCAGACAGGGUUAUAUUCGUAAGCGGCUUCCGCAACUACGUCAAAGCGUUCGGAGCCAUGGUCUUCGCGCACAAGACUCAGAUGCUCUGGUUUCGCUGGGGGUGGGUGCUCGUGGGUAGGUACAUGGUGGUUAACGAUUUGAAGAGGGAGAGGGUGGGUGUGUGA